AUGUCGGAUCGGACCAAGGUGGUCGUGCGGCACUUGCCUCCUACCAUCACUGAAGCUUCUCUUUUACCGCUAAUUGAUUCCGCCUUCGCCGGUCGCUACAACUGGCUCUCUUUCCUUCCUGCCAAAAUCAGCCAGAAGCAUGCCUCAUAUUGUAGAGCUUACAUUGAUUUCAAGAAGCCUGAUGAUGUUAUAGAGUUUGCUGAAUUCUUCAAUGGACAUGUCUUUGUCAACGAAAAGGGAACACAAUUCAAAGUCACUGUUGAAUAUGCUCCUUCGCAACGUGUCCCAAAGCAGUGGUCUAAAAAGGACGGUCGCGAUGGAACCAUAUAUAAAGAUCCCGAGUAUCUGGAAUUUCUAGAACACCUUGCCAAGCCCGUUGAGAAUCUCCCUAGUGCUGAGAUACAGUUGGAGAAAAGGGAGGCAGAACGAUCUGGUGCUGGGAAAGAUAAUCCUAUAGUUACACCGCUGAUGGACUUUGUGCGCCAGAAAAGAGCUUCCAAGGGACCACGGAGACCAUUGUCGAAUGGAAAAGUGAGCAGAAGAACUGGCACACCUUCAAAUGGAACCUCUAGUUCUGCCCCAACAAGACGCGGUUAUGCAAAAAAGAGAGUUUCCACCACAAUGUAUGUUGCAAGGGACCAAGGGAAAAGUUCUACCGUGAAAGACAAAUCAACUUAUAUUUUGGUUCCGAGGCACGGUGAUCAAAAUCUUUCAAAUAAAUCUUCAAAUAUAGCUUCUUCAGAUGGAAACCAAACUUUUGAUGAGAAUGGAAUUGCUGGAAGUAAUGAUGCUGGGAAAAAGAAAGUACUGUUUCUUAAAGGGAAAGAAAGAGAAGUAAUUACUGUAUCUGAUUCAGAUAGCAUGUCGCAGCAUCAUAACAUAGCAUCUUCAACUAAAACAAUUCAUAGUUCUAUGGUUCUGAGACAGAAUCAGCGGCAUGAAGGUAGUGGAAGGAUUAUCAAAAGCAUACUCACAAACAAAGAUCUGCGACAAAGUCAGUCUUCCCGAGCCUAUUCUGAGCGGCAGAUCCAAACAUCAAAUCUAGAAAAAGAAAAACAACCUGCUCGCCCCGUACACGUGCAAUUGAUUUUGAAGGGCACUGAUGGUGCGCCAGAGAAUAGGAUUACCGUGCAUGGUCUACAUGUUUCUAAUGAGAGACAGGAGAGGCGUUUUAGACAUAGGGAUAGACCUGAUCGUGGUGUUUGGACAAGUCGUUCCAAUGUAGGUGAUGAAUCUUUGGCAUCCUCAGGCUCUUCACAAGUAAAUCCUUUGGAAGGAGGUCAUGCAGAGUUUAAACAUGACACACCAAGCGCAAGAAGUGGGGAGGUAAAAUCUCUUGGAAAUCUCCGUGCCAGUCAUUCAUCGGAAAAUGGUUUCACUAGGCCUUUUGGUCGCCGUGGACCAAUACAUGGGGUGAAGGAUGUUGAUGGCUAUUCAAUUAGUGAGGGGAAGCAUCCUAGAAAACCUAGCACCUCUGCUUAUGGUUCCAACGAGAAACAAGUUUGGGUCCAAAAAGCAAGUUCUGGGUCCUAG